UAAGCAACCGUUCGUGUAGCGGGAAAAUUUUGCUGACAAUAAUAUUCGGCAUCAAGGAAGAAUAAUUCUAGUACUGUUAAUCCAACAGCAUCUACUUGCAUCCUUCGGCUUAUUAUAUACCAUGAGUGACGAAACGACACACGAACCACCGGCAAAUCCAGAAAUUCAUUUCGAGCCCAUCGUCAGCCUUCCUAAAGUCGAAAUUAAAUCUUUGGAGGAAAAUGAGGAAGAGAUAUUUCAAAUGAGAGCCAAGCUUUAUAGAUACGACAAAAAUGGAGAGGAAAGCGAAUGGAAAGAAAGAGGAGUCGGUGUCAUAAGGAUUUUAAAACACACGGACAAAAAUACGUACAGAAUUCUCAUGCGAAGGGACAAGACUCUCAAAAUUUGUGCAAAUCAUCUCAUCACAGCCGACAUGGAGCUAAAACCAAACUGUGGGAGUGACAAGGCCUGGGUAUGGUCUGUAGCUGCUGAGUUUGCAGAUGAGGAGUGCAAAUCUGAAACCUUAGCCAUUAAAUUUGGAAAUGCAGAAAAUGCCAAAAAGUUUAAGGACAAGUUUGAAGAAUGCCAGAAAGCAUUAGAUAACAAAGAUUCAAAAUCAGAAGAGCCAGAAAGCGAUAAGUUGGCCAAGGAAUUAGAAGGUUUAAAUGUAAAAGAAAGUAAGGACACUGAAACAGUCGAAGAAAAAAAAGAUACUAAUGAACCUUCUACUUCGUCCAAAACUGAAAAAGAUGAUAAGAAAGACGAAAAGAAUGACGAAGAAGAUGUACCAGAAAAAUGAAUGCCACUGUUUACUUGUGCUAACAGGAUUCCAUGCUAAGCCCUAUGGUGUCCAUCUUACACGUUAUGAUUUUCCAGAAGAUAUAGUGCUUAUCCUCCCCAUCCUUUGGAAAUGUCAAUCUCCUCCAUGACAUACAAAUGGAUAUUCUUUAAAACCAGAAAAUCUGAAUUUGAUACAAUUGUCCUUGAAGUUUUUGCAGUGGUUGAUAUCAGUUGUCAGAAUUUAUGAACCUUCCUGAACCAGCUGCUAUAGUUAUUAUUAUUAUCUUUAUAGAUAUUUUAUUAGUUUUUUUCUUUAGAUUUCAAAUGAUUAGUAAUAUAAAAAGCUUUUAGAGUUAAUUUUUUUCCAAUUUCAGAGUUAAUUUUUAAAAAUAAACAGUCUAUAAUACGAAGUACAAAACAUAGUCUAUUGAUUGCAGAAUAUCUUACCUCCAUGUUUAAGAUUAGGAUAAGAGGUAUAAUUUAUUAUUUUAGAAUAACAAACUAAGUAGUUGGACAAAGACUUCAAAAAAUCAAAUCCUCUGGUCGAAAAUAUAAAAGAAUAUAUUGCUGGAUUCUUUUGUCCUUUAGUUUGUUUUUCCUAGUGUAGUUUCAUUUAACUUUAUUAAAAAACAAAAACAAAAGAAAACAAUAAAAUUGGUGUUGAUUCCUAGAGUGAUUUUACUUGGCCAGUGAAAUAAAUAGUAGUAGAUUGUAAUUGGAUUUCUUUUGUUUUACUUUGACUGUGAGCUAUUAACUAACUAACUAGAGAAGUUUUUUUUAUUCCUGGACCUUAUUGCUGCCAAGUAGAGUGAAGUCAUUAAACCCGUGAAAUAGAUGUUAGACUAAUACACUUUAGUAGACCCUAAUUCCAUUGUUUUCUUUUGUUUCUUCUUGACUAUUACACGUUGACUAGUUUUUAUUUCACAGGUUAAAUGCCUUCGCUCUAAAAUCAAUCUAAUGUCUAUAAAACUAAUAUCUAUUUCUAAAUGCAAUAUUAAUAUCACUAAAAUAAGACUGUGCCUCUUGUUUUUAUUCCUGGAUUUGUUACAGUAGUUUUGAAGACUUUGAGCUCUGACAUUAGCCAAAACAUAUUUAUUUCAAUCUACAUUUCUUCUUUCUGAGACAAUUGAAGGUUGGAAUGUUUUCAGAACUGUAAAUACUUUCUCAAUUGUCAUCCGUACUACGUUGCAUUUCAUUGAUUUGGUUUAGAAUAAUAAACUUGUAUUGUAAGCAA